UACCUAAUUCUUCAGAUUCAGUGCUGUCUCUCUUUAUCUUCGCGGAUGGUUUGAGGAGUUAUUGAGGUAGUGGUGCAGUUUAGCCAUGGGGAGCAGUGAUAUUGACAAAUCCUCUAAGGACGCAAAGGAGGCAAAAACACCCAAUUCACAGGAGCAGGCUUCAUCUACUGCCACUGGUACAGUAAAUCCAGACUGGUCCGGCUUUCAGGGAUAUCCUCAGAUGCCUCCACAUGGGUUCAUGGCUUCAAGUCCUCAAGCACACCCUUACAUGUGGGGAGUUCAGCAUCCUAUGCUACCCUAUGGUACUCCACCACAUCCUUAUGUCGCAAUGUAUCCCCAUGGUGGAAUAUAUGCUCAUCCAUCUAUUCCUCCGGGAUCUUACCCCUUCAGCCCCUUUGCGAUGCCUUCUCCAAACGGCAUUGCUGAAGCUGCAGUUAACACCUCUGGGAAUGCUGAAGUAGAUGGUAAAUCAUCUGACGGAAAGGAGAAAUUGCCCAUUAAAAGAUCUAAAGGAAGCUUGGGUAGUUUGAAUAUGAUUACCGGGAAGAAUAAUGAACCUGGUAAAAUGUCUGGAGCAUCCGCAAAUGGAGUCUACUCUAAAAGUGCCGAGAGUGGAAGUGAAGGCUCAAGCGAAGGAAGUGAUGCAAAUUCUCAAAAUGAGUCACCAAUGAAGUCAGCAGGCAGGCAAGAUUCAGCUGAAGCAUCUCAAAAUGGCAAUUCUGCUCAUAGUUCUCAGAAUGGAGGAACUAGUGCUCCUCAUCCAUUGAUCAACCAAACUAUGGCAAUCAUGCCAAUGUCAGCAGCUGGCCCUGGUGGUGUUCCUGGCCCCACAACCAACUUGAAUAUUGGUAUGGACUACUGGAAUGCCGCCGCUUCACCAAGUGUUCCUGCAAUCCAUGGGAAGGUACCGUCUGCGUCAGUUGCUGGAGGAAUGGUUACCGCUGGAUCAAGGGAUAUGGUCCAAUCACCAAUGUGGAUUCAGGAUGAAAGGGAGCUCAAGAGGCAGAGAAGGAAGCAGUCCAACAGGGAAUCUGCGCGUAGGUCUAGGCUACGGAAGCAGGCGGAGUGUGAUGAACUAGCACAGCGUGCUGAAGUUCUUAAGGAAGAAAAUGCCUCUCUUAGGGCUGAACUGAGUCGUCUAAGGAGUGAGCAUGACCAACUUGCUGCUCAGAAUGCCUCUCUCAAGGAGAGACUUGGUGAAGUUCCAGACCGAGAUGAUCCGAGACCUAGUAGAAAUGACAUACCUCCAAACAAAGAUACUCAUCAGUCGUCACAAACAGAGCCCACACACGGUGGUCAGUGAAGUUCUGGCUCCAUUAUCGUGGGUUGAAAAUUAUGGCUUAACCUAACAAACUUAGUAUUGUCUUUAAUUUGCAUAUUAUGUAGUUUAAAAUUUGUGAAAUCAUCUGAGGCUUUUUAGUAUCAGGAUUUGUUGUCCAAUAUUGUCCAUUGUUUCUCAAUUUGGACCAACCUUUUAUGGUCGAGGAACUUGGAUAAUAUGUAGAGUAUGUGAUCGAUGGCACGGGAUAGUUCUGUGCCAAAUAGGUGGUGUCUGUGUUUGCUCAAAUUUGUAUGUACUGAAAUAGUUGAUGAGUCUUGCUCCUCUUACAACAAAUAAGUACCAGGACUAAUAAAUGUCCGAUAUGACUUGUAUUAUAUUCCCCCUUUGGAAUCAAAUUCCUUUGUCUUUC